AGAGGUCAUUAGUCAUAACCAUUAUCUUAAUAACACCUGGAUUGAUACUGUUGCUAGAUUGAAACUCAUUUGUGUUUUCUUCGAGGUAAAAAUGAUUGACAAUUUUUCAAUUUCGCUCACAUUUGUAAUAUUUUGUCUUUUUUGUGGAUAUGUGGAUUGCGAAUUCAAAAACGAUGUUUUACGAUCAGCCGUUUUGCGAGCCAAUAAAGACAUCGUUGCGCGCAACAAGGACUUCUUAAGACAAAAUGUUCCCGAAGAAUUAUAUACACUGAAUUCAAAAUGGAUUAAUUCUGGUGCGUUUCUCAGUGAAGAAACAGGAAAUCUUGGAGCUGUAGUAGGUUUCUACAAUGUAUCAGACAGCUGUUUUAACCACACUGCCCUCAUAAUGGCAGGGAUACAGAACAGGCAUGAAUGGGCGCUGCAAUUUCUUGACGCAUUUGGGAAAAUUCCGCCCGGGUUUCUCAACGGCAAUCUGUUCUUUCUUGGUUCGUAUGAUCAAUGCUUGAAGAUCAGGUACGACAACUCUUCCGAUCCGGAAAAUGUGUUCAAAGGGCAACACUGCACUGCAAAAAUUCCAAUGGCUCCACCGGAUGUCCAAAACGGCUUCUAUGCAGUCCCCCCUCUCACAUUAGGAGUGUGUUUCCCUAGCACAUGUUCUGCUGAUGACGUCAUGGCGUAUUUAAACACAGGGUUAUCCAUGUUGCCGACCGGAAACGGAAGUCAGCCAUUGUUUUCCUACGUCGUAGACUGUGAUGUGGAGGGAGAAACAACAGAAUACGACGCUAAGGCCAUUGGCGGAUUUGUCCUGAUUGGAGUAAUCAUGUUGAUGAUGCUGAUCGGUACUACAUAUGACGUCGUGGUAUACCAAUGGGGACCAUGGUCACGUGCUACGAUGGAGGAGUUUACUCUGACAAAUGAACGGAAGCUGUCUGAGAAGACACCAUUAGUUGGAGAAAACAAACCAUCAUAUGGCUACAUUGGACAGCCGGGUAUUUUUGCACAACUCCUCAUUAGCUUCUCUGUCUACUCGAAUGGUGAGAAGUUGUUGAGUACAAAACAAGCUCCGGGUUCUUUAACAGCGAUCAAUGGCAUCCGGGUACUCAGCAUGUUCUGGGUCAUUCUGGGUCACGCAUACGUUUUUCCUCAAAGAGUUGCAAGCAAUUAUGGAGAUUUCAUCAUUGAUAUGUCAGAAAGAGUUUCAUUUCAAGCAAUCAUGAAUGCUCUUGUUUCCGUGGAUACAUUCUUUGCUCUGAGUGGACUUUUAGUUGCCUACUUAACUCUUCGAGAAAUGGAUAAGAAUAGUGGAAAAUUAAACUGGGCGAUGUUCUAUUUCCAUAGAUUUUGGAGACUGACUCCUGCUUACAUGCUAGUUCUUUUCGUUAACGCCACCCUCACACGAUACUGGGGUGACGGACCACUGUGGCAAAAAGAUGGAUUUGAAAUAGACUUUUGCAAAGAUUCAUGGUGGAGAAAUUUGCUAUAUAUCAAUAAUUUCUUCGACUUCGGCGAGAUGUGUAUGACGUGGUCGUGGUAUCUCUCUAACGAUAUGCAGUUUUACAUUCUAAGCCCUCUGAUGUUGAUUCCGUUGUAUCUGUCCCAAACCAUUGGGCUAGCCGUGUGUGCUAUCUUCCUGCUAGGUACCAUGACUGCUACAGGCGUCAUCACUACCAAUGAAGACUUACCUGUGUCCAGUUUUUCUCCACAUGUUGACCCAGCGAAAGCUAUGCCUUACUUUGAAGAUUAUUAUAUAAAGCCAUACUGCCGAAUGGGUCCAUACAUAGUGGGUAUAGUCACAGGCUAUGUUCUGUACAAGACGGAGGGAAAAUACAGAAUAAACAGAGCCUUGAAUUUGUUGUGUUGGGUUAUCGCGGCUGUUCUGGCUUGUCUCUGCCUUUACGGUUUGUAUGAGGAAAACAAAGGUACAGCCGAUCUAAGUACUGAAGUUCGGUCGCUUUACAACACCAUUCACAGGAGCGUGUGGGGCGCAUGCGUAUGCUGGGUUAUAUUCUCAUGUGCAAAUGGAUAUGGAGGUUUUGUGAAUCAGUUGCUAUCAUGGAAGGCGUUUCUGCCACUUGGAAGAUUGACGUACUGUGCCUACCUGGUACAUCCUAUCAUAUUGAAUUGUGUCUCAUACAACCGGCGAGUUCCCCUCUACAUGGACGAUAUAACGAUGGGAUACCUGUUCCUGGCAACCCUGGUAGCUUCCUACGCAGUUGCCUUCGUUGUGUCUCUUGCGUUUGAGUCGCCUAUGAUGGGUUUGGAGAAGGUCAUAUUCAAAAAGAAGCGACGAUAAUACAUAACUGAAUAGCAAUGUAUAAUAUGGAGAUUAACAUUUUCAUGUGAUUGCUAUGUAAUUUAAUAAACUUUUAGUUAAUCUCCUAUAUAAUUGAUCUUACACUUUAAUUCAAAUAACUACUUGAAAACAGGAGCGGCAAAGACAAGGAAACAUGACUAUAAAGAAGUGGAAAUAAAAGACGGGAAUUCA